AUGUCAGAAUCAGUUCUAUCAAUGGACUUGUCAAAUGAAGAACAUUUCCUCCCAUCGUCACCAAUUCUUUCCCUUUUGUGGAUGUUCGGUUUCAUCAUUUUCGUCGGUCUUCUCUUAAAUAUUUAUGUCGUCCAUCGAUUGAAUCGAUUAGCGAAAAAAGAUCGAGAACAGUGGCUAAAUGGCACUGGCGUUUAUCUCCACGUGAUGGCUGUCUCCGAUUGUUUUUCACUUGUUCUUCUUUUUUCGCUUUUAGUUCUUCAAGUGAUUUCACCGCUACUUGAAGAGACGAUGUUGAGUGGAAUGUGCAAGAGUGUGGUCCUCUUCUCUCACUUUUCAUACACAAUGUCGAUGUAUUGUUGGCUUUGUAUGAGUGCAUUGAGAUAUCAUGCUGCGAGAGAUCCAUUGAAAUAUUCGACCGUUUGGCGUUCUCCAUUUUCUCUUCUCAUGGCUGUUGGUGCAAUCUCAUUUCUUCUAAACCUUCACAUAUUCAUCUCAGUCGAUGGAAAUCGAAAAACAGGAUGCACUCUGUCGGAUGAUGGUUUAUCUCGAUUAUAUUCAUUAGCUGAUGUGGUUGUUUCUUGUCUAAUUCCAUCAAUUCUCAUCUUAUUGAUGGAUGUGAGAGUUCUCUGUUGUCGCGAUCAAAGAAGACAUUCCGAUCCACUUCUACAAAUCGUUUUUCACAAACCCGAUGAGGAAACGGAAAAGAGACGUGCCGCAACAAUGCGUCGUUUCAUGGUGGUGACUCUGGUUUGUCUUCUCCUUUCCCUUCCCGAAUUAUCCCUGCGAGCUCUUCUCUCUCUUCACCCUAACGCGAAGAUCCCAAUCGCCGUCUUCUGUGCCUCAAAAACUCUCUACUUUGUCAAGUUUUCCUUCAACGCGUUUUAUUUGACGUCUUACGUGUUCGAUCGAAAUGUUCUCUCAAAAACGAAUUCAUCCAGACAGCUCUCAAUCUCUGCUCGUCGUUUGGAGGAAUGUCCAGCAAUCACUCCACGAGAGAGAUCCCACACAAUGUCCUAUCGUGUCGCCACUCCAAUCCCACUCUUGACUAGGAAUUCAUCAUGUAUCAAUCUCGACUCAACCUGUGAAUCCCCGCAAACCCCAAAGCAUUGGUUG